GCUGGGAGCUAUGGGAAAGCUCCAUAGCUGCUGAGUGACUUGUCGUAUGAGAUUUAAACCAUUUCCAUCGUUGCAAUCUCCGGAGGUCCUCCAGCUGGGUCUUUGAUCUUUUGGCUUUGAAUUUCACGUUCUUGUUAUUUUGCUUAGAUCGAAUGGCCUCGGAAAUGGUUCCCCUCGCCCUCUCGCCAUCAACCAUUGUCAUCCGGGAACAUCCCAAGAGCAUUAGAGUUGGCAAGAGGACUGGCAGUCUCCUUUUCAAGGCAAAGGCUUUUGGUCCAAACAGUACGGUUGUUGCACCUAAUGGUUCUCGCUUUGAGGGUGUGACUUCAGGCCCUCCAGACCCAUAUUAUGAGCUUUUGGAAGCAUUUGAGGCAGAUACAAGCGACACCAAAGUAAACCUUUGGGUCAGAGCUUACAGGGUGGAACUCCAACCAUUCGUGCUAAACGUAGUUAAGAAGGCAGAAAAACUUAUGCUGGAGAAAGGAGAAGAUAAAGAGUAUCUUCCAAUGGAUGGUUUGGCUGAAUUUAACAAGGUCACUGCAGAACUGUUGUUUGGAGCAAACAAUCCCGUUAUCCAGGAAGGAAGAGUUGCUACUGUUCAAGCUCUUUCUGGAACUGGAGCUCUUCACCUUGCUGCAGCAUUUAUACAUGGAAAUUUUCCUAAUGCAAAAGCUUUAAUAUCAUCUCCAACUUGGAGCAAUCACAAAACAAUUUUUGAUGAUGCUAAGGUUCCUUACUCUGAAUAUCGACAUUAUGAUCCGAUAUCUAAACAGUUGGAUUUUGAUGGCAUGAUAGCAGACAUUAAGGCUGCACCACAUGGAUCUUUUGUUCUCUUACAUGGCUGUGCUCACAACCCAACCGGAAUGGACCCGACGCCAGAUCAGUGGGGUAAAAUUGCUGAUAUCAUCCAAGAGAAGAACCAUAUUCCUUUCUUUGAUGUUGCAUACCAGGGCUUUGCCAGUGGAAACCUUGAUGCCGAUGCAUACGCUGUUCGGUUGUUUGUCGAGCGCGGUCUGGAGCUUCUGGUUGCUCAGUCCUACGGUAAGAAUCUAGGAUUAUAUGGAGAAAGGAUUGGAGCAAUCAACAUUGUAUGCUCAUCCUCAGAAACUGCCGUGAGGGUGAAGAGCCAACUGAAAUGGCUAAUCCGGCCUGAGUAUUCAAAUCCUCCUCUUCAUGGUGCUAGGAUAGUUGCCAAUGUUGUUGGAGACCCAGCUCUCUUCAAUGAAUGGAAACAAGAGGUGGAAUUAAUUUCUCGGCGUCUGAAGAGUUUAAGGCAGAGACUCUUUGAAAGUCUCUCUUGUAAAGAUAGGAGCGGAAGAGAUUGGUCUUUCAUUGUCAAAGAAAAUGGCAUCUUCUCCCUUAUUGGCUUGAAUAAAGCACAGAUUUCAAAUCCUCAUGGCAGUGCAUAUCAGAUUGCACACGCUCUCGCUGUUAGUGUUUUUCUUAUAUUGCAUGCCUUUUGGUAUGUCUUACAUUGUGUAUUUGUACGUCUUUCUCAGAUAGAUAAUAUGAGGAACAAAUGGCACGUAUACAUGAUCAAGGAUGGAAGGAUGUCUUUGGGGGGAUUAUCUCUCUCUCAAUGUGAAUAUCUUGCAGAUGCCAUUAGAGACUCAUUCCACAAUGUCAGCUAGAAGAUAUCGGACGUCUAAUUACCGUACUUUGUAUGGACAGCUAUGCUGGGACUAUCUGAUCUUGUUCUUAUGGUUUUCACUUGAAUCUAGUUGUGAACUUCUGUGCCGAAAUCUAUUCAUUGUUUUGUAGUCUAA